AAUGACAUUUUUUUAAAAUUUCAAAUUUGCCGCCAGUUCCGGCGCCCGUACGUCCCGACGUCACAGGGACCGGAACACAGACGCCGGAGGCCGGCAUCGGCCGGAGGAGAUGGCCGGGGACGCUGCAGGGGACACAUCGCGAGAGUGAAGGACAAGGUAAGUGCUGCAGGGACCCCCAGAGCAACGCCGCAUGGUAAGCCCAAGUCUAGCUUGGGGGGGUUACCGCUCUUGGUAUUGAAAUUUUACCCCGAGCUACACUCGGGAAUACCGCUAAGGAGGUUAACUCACUUAUUUGGGGUUGAUUUACUAAAACUAGAGAGUUCAAAAUCUGGUUUCGGCUCUGCAUAGAAAACCAAUCAGCUUCCAGGUUUUAUUGUCAAAGCUUAAUUCAAACUAAAGUUAGAAGCUGAUUGACUUCCAU